AACGUCAAUUGGCCAACAGCGCAUCAGCGUCACUGAACGGGCCCCUGUCAAAAAUGUUUACGUUCAGUUUGCACUUCUAUCCACUUUUAUCCCUAAAUCUCCGUUCUUAGUUGGGAUCCUUACCUUUUUGGGAUUCGUUGAUGUUGCUUGCUGCAGCAUACGUCAGAGAAGCUCCAAUGUGAGUUCUGGCAGACUGGAAGAUAUGAAAACCUCAUGGCGUCUGAUUAGGGUCGACAGUGUUUUGGAGGUUUAGUGUGUAAAUAAUGUCAUACAGUAACAGAGAACUGGUAGAGUUCUAUAUAAGCUACAAACUGUCUCAGACAAACUGCCCAAACUCUCUGCUGAGGUCGGAGGUCACUGGUGGCCGGACCGAGGGAGACAAGGACGCCUCGGCUUCCAGCAAUGGCCCACUUUUCAACAGCAGGCCCAGCCCCCCCGGGAAGCCUCGGGCCCCCCAUGGAAGCAUAGAGGCUGUAAAAUCCGCUCUGAAGGACUCAGCAAAUGAGUUUGAACUUCUCUUCUCUCAAAGUUUCAGUGACCUCUCCAUGCAGCUAGACAUCACCCCUGACACGGCCUACCACAGCUUUAAGGCCGUGUUGGACGAGUUGUUCAAGGAUGGGAUCAACUGGGGCCGUGUGGUGGGGCUGUUUGCCUUUGGUGGGGUUCUGUGUGUGCACUGCGUGCAGAAGAAUAUGAGUGAGUUGGUGUCCCGCAUUGCAGACUGGAUGACCAUUUACCUAGAUGAGCAGCUUAACCCUUGGAUCCACAGCCAGGGAGGAUGGGACUGCUUUGCUAAGCUGUACGGCCAAGACGCCGCUGCAGAGGGGCGGAGAUCUCACGAGACAUUGAACAAAUGGCUGCUAGUUGGUGCGGCUCUGCUCGGCGGAGUUCUGCUCACUGUGCUUGUUGCUAAGAAACGAUGAACGUCCUUGCAUGUCGCUCAUCACGGCACAUCACAUGUAAUGCUAUGCCAACGCAAGUAAAACAAAGUAGUUAAUGUUUACAUAAAGAAAAUAUAAAGCCCGGUCUGCUUGUGCACUGAAUGUGGUUCGGCUACAGUCAAGCAAAUUGUUGGAGUAUAUACAACUAAUGUAGCUGUAAUACUACUCACUCUGCUCUUCUGGUUUCUUUUAACACGCAGCAGUGCAUUUUAGUUAAAGGGUCUUACUGUUCAGACUUGAAGUGCUUUAAAUGAACAUAAGCUAUAGGUUAGACUAAGAUACAUUCAGCUGUUUUGGUGAAUUUGCUUUUUUUUUUUUUUUUGCCUUCUGUACGUUAUCUAAGGACCAAUUGUUAUAUCUCCUAAACUGACAGCUGACAGAAUAUAAGUUCUAUUUUUUUCCCAUUGUGUAACAGAGUCUUUUUGUUGCCUGUUUUGGAGUUUUAGGCAUGCUUCAAAAAUAAAUAUAUU